AUGACUAUUGAGGGUGAUCUCAAUGCCAUCUGCAACGUGAUGCGUGAGGUGUCUCCGAAGUUAAAGGAUAUAAUGAACGCCAGAUUGUCGGAUCCCAAACGAAUAAUGGGUCACAUGGGUCGACGUCGCGGUCGCCCGCAGGGUCAGGGUCAACCUGGUGAUGAACCUGAAGAGGAGGAAGAUGACAGUAUGCUGGAUUACCGAAUCCUGGUGCACGAGAGUCAAGCUGGAUCCGUAAUUGGCCGUGGCGGAGAACGAAUCAAGGAGUUACGAGAUAAGUACAAAAUGCGAGUCAUCAAAGUCUAUCAGAUGCUGGCACCACUGUCAAAUGAUCGUGUUGUGCAAAUGGUUGCCGAGCCGGAUAAUGCGAUAAGCUGCCUGAAAUCGGUCGUUGAGGCUGUCGAGUCCGCACCACCCCGUGGUCGUCGAGAGGACUAUGACGCGGCGAACUUCAGUGAAGCAGAUGCAUUAAAUUACGGUGGUUGGCUGUCGCGCGAAGCUGUACAAGCAAUAUCCCAAGGGUUGCCUCUUCCCGGACCCGGUGGCAUGCCGUCGAUGGGUUACGGCAUGGGUGGUCCGUAUAUGAUGGCGGGUGAUAUGGGCUGCGGGAUGGGCCCAAUGCCCGGUGGUAUGGGGCCAAUGGGCGGUGGAAUGGGCCCAAUGCCUGGGGGAGCAGUACCUCCAAUGGGUGGAGCUAGACCUCCCGUCCCUGGCGGCCGUGGUGUUGGCCCCGGUGGUCGCGGUCCUCGAUCUGGGACGAUGCCUGGAGGUCCCCGUCCGAUGAUGGGUGGCCCUCCUGGACCUAGCCCUGUUCCCCCACCUGGCGGCCAGCGCGGCGUGAACGCCCCGAAUACCGGCAACCCGGGUGGCGCCUACGGCGGUCCGCCGAGUUAUGGAGGCCAAGGUGCCGUCCCACCAUAUGAGGCAGCUGGUGGUUAUGACAAUGGAGCAAUGUAUGGUGGAAUGGAUCAACCUGCACAACCGGGUUAUGGUAGCCAAAGUUAUGGAUCAGGCGGAAACGCAAUGCAAUCGGGUGGAUAUGGUGCCCCUGCUCCCUACGGAAAUGCACCACGUGGGGCCGGUGACAUGUCAGGUGGUACUGGAAUGCCAUCACGAGGUGGUUCCUAUGCUGGUUAUGGCAUGUCCAACCCAGGCAUGCACGACGAUGCGAAGGUCAGUCAAUGGUACGGCGGAUGGUCUUGA